UUGCUCUCAAAUGUGAAAAAUUCAUGUGUUGUCCAUAUUUCAGCCGAAACUCCGGGUAUUUCUCAAUGUUAUGAUGCGCAAGGACGAAGUGUGGGUAAAGUAGUGGCUGACAAGACCGGUAAUACAGUUAUAUACAACGACAAAGAUGUACCAAUCGCAACGGGUACGGUGCAAAAACUGGGUGAUCGCUCAUAUCAGGCAGUGAUAAGUAAGAAUUUGUUCAUCGCAAAACUGAAAGACGCACGGACGUCGGCAUGUUGUCGUGAGGUCAACGGACAACCAUGCGUUGAGCCAAUUAAAGUCGCCAAUCCAUCCUUCCACCACUCAUCGGAACGUGAAGGCGAUGGCACGCUGAAGUUGACUUGGCCGGAUUGUUUCGAUAUGUCCAUUGAUGUCACUUUACCACCAAAGGUGCACAUAAACCGACUCGCAAUGAAACUUGAUGUUAUGGUACAACCGAUCGGCAAAUUACGUUGCAUGGAUGUGGCAACCUGCGGUCGAGAAUGCUUCUACUGUGACUGGUGCAAGAACACAAGGAAGUUGAAAUUGUUGGAGAACACGGACGGAAACCUGUGUCGUGCCACUGAUGAGCGCACCUAUCGUUUGACUGUAAAACUUUGCCCUCCACCCGAGGAUCCAAAUUUCACGAUGUGUUCGGCGUUCUCGAAAUCAGUAUGGCAAAAAGACUAUUGGCAGAAACAAGGUGCCAUUGACAUCUGGAUGAAAUUCUACGAGAGAGGCGACACACGUGCUGAGCUGGAAAAAGAAUUCUUCGCAAGUAUCGACAAUCCGUUGUUGGGUAAAGCGUUCAAGUUGGCAAUGAUUGGCGAAUGGCUGGCAGCGAACAGCAUUGAGCAAGGAUCGUACACUCCAACCAAUUCAGAGCUGUUAGAAUAUUGGGUCUCAAAGAGGAAUCCUGAUCGUCUGUUAGCCUGUGAACACUCAGUAGUAGACUAUGAAAUUGAAGGUGCUAAAGUGAAAACAAAUCUUCUUUUCGAAGCAGCCACCACAGCGAAUUCGUUGCCAAACAUCUUCAAAGAUAAGAAAUGUGCUGCAUUCGAACGGCUUCAAGAGAAUCGAUUCCAAGCUGAGGCAAAAGAAUACAGACGUAAAAAUGGUGCUUCGAGUAUAUUCGGUGGUUUCGGUAACUUCUUCCCAUGGGAGAAUAAACAGGGCGCAACUCGACAAUAA